AUGCAGCUCUUUCCCCUGGUCAUAGGGGCCGUUUCGCUCGCUUCCGUCUCUGCUUCACUUGCACCAGCCGUGUUCUCCUCUCUCCUCCGGCGCCAAGAACCUGGGACGCCGCAAUACGAUUGUCAUUCGAAUUGUGGAAACGUCAUCGUCGCUGGUCGAACAGAGGGGUACUGUGAUACAGCAAACUUCACCACUUCACUCGACGCCUGUCUCGGCUGCGCCCUCGAGUUCGACAUCUGGCAGUACUACGGCGAUAGUGUAUCCGAGGCCGCCACAGGGUGUGGGCUUGAUGCGACGCCCGUCCCAGCAAAUGCCACGGACACGGACACGGUCACGGCGACGAGCAACAGCUCUGGCCCUGAGUCAACCUCGGUGACCGAAACAGCCAGUCCAUCUUCAAGCACAGAAUCAAGCACUUCGUCUUCAUCUUCGUCU